CACAACCUCCAUUAAAGAUACAUCAUUUUUACACACAAAAAAAAAACACACACACACACACACACACCCGCACACAUCUUCGCAUUCAAGUCCAUUUCAGCUCAAAGCUGAUGAUUUUGCAGCAGUAUUGUUGUGUCUCAAUGCUCCAUUUUCGCAGAUUAUCAUCUCCACACAGACUCCUCUUACCUUUAACCCAUUUUUCACAAUCAUCAUCAUCAUCAUCAUCUUCUUCUUCUUCAAGAAAGGUAAGAUUGUGUUGGCUUAAUCAACCAUGCCGGAGUAGAAUUAGGUCAUUAGGGACCGCCACUGCGGUGGCCGAAUCUGCAGAUAAAAAUGGUACCGACACAUUCUUCGCCCAAGAAAGCAUUUCGUGGAAUUCGCUUGGAGUAUCGAAUCGGCUCUCCGAAGCUCUCUCUAAUAUGGGCCUCGACCGACCUUCUCUGGUUCAGGCUUCUUGUAUACCAUGUAUACUUUCAGGAAAUGAUGUAGUGGUUGCAGCAGAGACUGGUAGUGGCAAAACACAUGGUUACCUAAUUCCAUUAAUGGACAAGUUAUGUAUUACGCCUGAUAAUUCUGUGAAUUCUACUGCUGACCUUGAAUCAAACCUUCCUCAUCAGCUAUCUCUUGUUCUUUGCCCCAAUGUCAUGCUGUGCGAGCAAGUGGUUCGGAUGGCUAACUGUCUUUGUGGUGAUAAUGGUGAACCACUUCUUAGGGUUGCCGCUGUGUGUGGGCGACAGGGUUGGCCAGUUGAGGAACCAGAUAUAAUUGUAUCGACCCCGGCUGCUCUUUUGAAUUACCUAUAUGCAAUUGACCCGGAGAGGCGCCGUCGUUCUGAUUUUAUACGCGGUGUCAAAUACGUGGUGUUUGAUGAAGCAGACAUGUUGCUCUGUGGGAGCUUUCAGAAUCAAGUUAUCCGUCUCAUAAACAUGCUUCGUUUUGACGAGAAGCUGUUAUCACGGAUGAGAAGACCUGUAGUUGACAAGCCAGUGGACUCAUAUUCUGAUUCUCCUAUGGAUAUUGAAUCUGAAAAUGAUAAGGACCUGCAGACUGAGAUAGUCCCGGAAGAGGAUGAAGGUGAUGAGGGUUCCUCCGAUGACAUAACAGAAGGGAUUGAAGCUGACUCCACAAAGAAAAGAGAUUGGAAAAGGGUAAGAAAAAUAUAUGAGCGCAGUAAGCAGUACAUUUUUGUUGCAGCCACUCUUCCUGAAAACGGAAAGAAAACUGCUGGGGGAGUGUUGAAACGGAUGUUUCCAGAUGCCAGUUGGGUUAGUGGACAUUAUCUCCACCAUCACAAUCCAAGAUUGGAGCAGAGGUGGAUCGAGGUUACAGUUGAUACACAGGUGGAUGUUCUCAUAGAUUCUGUGAAACAAGGACUCAAAUCCAAAGCAUUUGGUCCUGAUUCUGGAUUCAGACGAACAAUGGUGUUUGCAAACACCGUUGAGGCUGUUGAAGCAGUGGCUAAGAUAUUGGUGGGAGCUGGGAUUGAAUGCUUGCGUUACCACAGUGAUACCUCUUUUGAAGAGCGUGCAAAGAACUUAAUUGAUUUCCAACAAAAAGGUGGUGUUCUUGUGUGCACUGAUGCUGCUGCACGUGGACUUGACGUUCCAAAUGUUUCACAUGUUAUUCAGGCAGAAUUUUCAAUGUCUGCCGUAGAUUUCUUGCAUAGGGUUGGGCGGACUGCUAGAGCAGGUCAGCCUGGACUUGUCACAAGCCUGUACAAUGAAUCCAACCGAUCUCUUGUUGCUGCUGUUCGUCAAGCAGGGACACUGGGACAGCCUGUGGAGAAAGCAUUUAGCAGGAAGAGAGGCUUCCGGAAUAAGCUUAAGAAAAGAGGUUCCAGCAAACUCAAUGACACAAUAUCUGUUGGGGAUGGAAUUCUAGCAUAAUUAUGAGGUGAGUUUGAGCGGGCUUGUAAAGUAAACCUGGCAUACAAACACUCAACUGGUAAGUGUUCCUCUUAGAAAUGUAAAUUUCAUAUAUUAAUUUUGUUAGCAGUAAAUCCUUAAAAGGCCGAUUGAGUAAGAAACAUUACAAACGACAAACACCUGGAGGCAUGUGGUGUGUGAACAAAGAAGCCCUAGAGGACAAUCUGUUGAACACCCCUCCCCUGCGUACAUUGUAUUAAUUUUGUUAUCGUAUUGAUCAUUAAAACAGGUCUCUCUCUCUCUCUC